AUGAAUGAUGCUUGCUUUCUUAACGUAUACAGAGAUGUGGGUGUCCUUUUCAUUGUAUCCUACGGAUGACAUAUUUGAUCAGGGAAAAAUCUAAUUGUUUCAUCAGGAAAGGGAGCAGUAUGGAAAGAAACUAAAAUAUAUCAGGAAAGGUUCAUUAAGCAGACUGCAGCCCCCAUUUUGAUUCAACUGACAUGGAGUUAGAAUCUGUCCCAUGCACUGUUAGAUCUCCUGUCCCUCUUCAAGUUGGAGAUGUGAAGACUGAGCAGGCCAGGCCUGGUGUAUAUGUCAUCGAUGUCGCGUUUCCCAAAACUCAGACUGUUGAUCUGCAGGAGAUCACCUUUAAGAAUUACUAUACAGCAUUUCUGACUAUGCGGAUCCAGCAGAGGAGACCUGCGGAGUCACGUGGAAACCCUCCUCCAGCGUGGUGCACCUGUAUCAAGAAUAUGCGGCUGAUGCCAAAUCCUCAUAUGGAAGAGGGAUCCCAAGACUAUGUAUCUAUACAGAAGAACCAGAUGCUCUGCAACACAGAUCAUGUCAUAGCAAUUCGCCUGAUUUUACGACAACCGUCACCUGUUUGGCUAAACUUUACUGUUGAAGAUUUGCAGAUCAAUCCUCCAGGGAAGCAAAGUCCGCAGAAAGGGUUUUCCUGGUUGUUGUCUCAACUACCGCCUAAGGAACAACUUCAGAGCUUACAGAAGGGGCUGCCAGAUCCAGAUAAAGUAUCCAGCGAAGUGCAGCAGAUGUGGGUGCUGACGGAAGUGAUGAGGGCCAAUCAGAACACUGCAAGCAUUGGGAGAUUUGAUGUUGAUGGGUGUUAUGAAAUCAACCUUCUGUCAUACUCUUAACAUGCUGGACAACAAAAUCUCGGAAACACGGGGAGUUAAUACUUGGCUGUAGAUGUACUACGAAUUAUCUUACCUCGAAGAUCUAAACUGAAAAAUUAGAACUACAUCAGUAAAAAUUAUUUUUUUCUACAGUGCAUGCAGUUAUCUAUUACAGUAUCAGCAUACAAAGUACCUGGAAAACUGCAGAAAGGUCAAGCAGAUCCUACAUGUAAAAUACAUCAUAGAAUUUAAGAAACAAGAAAUUUUGUGAUUUGUUGGAACCUCAUCAGAAUAUAUUUUCCAAAUAUAACUGCAGAGUUAUCAUGGCAUACAAUGUCCCACCUUGAACACUUAAGACCAUUGAGGAUUCCAGAUACAUAUAGCCUUCAACUCUAUAUUUUGGAAUAUGACAAUUGUUUUAUUCUAAUUUAUGCAUCUUGAACUGGAGAAUGGCUAACAUCUAAGUACUCACGCCCACCGUGUGGAAUAAAAGAGGAUUGGUGAUAUUCUGUUUGCAUAUGGAACAACUGAGGAUAUUUUGACUAUGGAGUAUACAUCUCUGUUAUGGCUUAUUAAGAUGCAAAAUGAUCUAACUCAUCAUGUUCUCUUUCUCCCUUUGAACUGAACUAAAAGCUCUGAUAAUAAUAUACAUCCAGUACUUAAAACUGGGGAAAUUUACUUAUUAUGUAGGCCUUUUUUUUAUUA